ACCGCUAGUAGGUGGUAGUGCUCCGUAACUUAGCCGCUUCUUACGGCGCCACACAGCAAGGAAGAAAAGGUACACAGCGGCAAGCAAGACAACGCAGCAAUCAUGGCAGACGAGAAGCCGAAGGAAGGAGUGAAGACUGAGAACGAGCAUAUCAACUUGAAGGUGGCAGGCCAGGAUGGUUCAGUGGUGCAGUUCAAGAUCAAGAGGCAGACUCAACUCAGCAAACUGAUGAAGGCGUAUUGUGAGAGACAGGGACUAUCAAUGCGGCAGAUACGGUUUCGGUUUGAUGGCCAGCCGAUUAAUGAAACGGACACGCCUAUGCAGCUGGAAAUGGAGGAUGAAGACACAAUUGACGUGUUUCAGCAGCAAACUGGAGGACGUUCUGCUUAAAGACUGUUUCCUGUGUGCAUCUCUACCUCCCCUGUCCAUGUUCUCGAGCGUCUUCAUUCUACCCAAGUAUGCGUCAUGCAUAUGCUACCAGCCAGUGAAAAGUGUCAUGCAGCAAGCAAGCAGCAGAACAGUUUUUGUAGCUCCUUACAGUCACUCAUGUUAACUUCAAUGUUCUCUAAGAAGUUGGAGGGGGGUUAAUUGGUCACUCUUUGUUUUUAUACUUCUAUCUUUGAGGGUUUCACGUGGAGUUUUGGUAUAUAACAAGCAACCCUGCAUAUGAAACCCUUUCUGUUAUGAAAAUGUGUUAUUGGAAUAAAUUGUUUUUUUAAGACUACCUUUCUUUUCAAAACAGUUCACACAAAAUAAAGCUGUGUUCACACCGGG